AUGUUAGAAGGUGCAAAAUCAAUCGGUGCGGGAGCUGCUACAAUAGCUUUGGCGGGAGCUGCUGUCGGUAUUGGAAAUGUCUUCAGUUCUUUGAUCCAUUCCGUGGCUAGAAAUCCAUCCUUAGCAAAACAAUUAUUUGGUUAUGCCAUUUUGGGAUUUGCUCUAACCGAAGCUAUUGCAUUGUUUGCAUUAAUGAUGGCCUUUCUGAUCUUAUUUGUAUUCUAA